GCGCCUCUAACAACCCCCCUCUUGCAUUUUCACUGCACGCCGGCCCCGACACGCCACGUGCGCCAUCAGUGCGCGCCUAGUCCGUCUGCCCCUUUGUGUCAUCAGCGGGCGCCCGUCCCCCGAGCCGACGCACCAUGGCUGGGGUGGGUUUUGAGGAGUUCUCGGCGCCGCCGGGCUCGGAGCUGGCGCUUCCGCCGCUCUUCGGGGGCAACAUCCUGGAAAGCGAGCUGGAGACCGAGGUGGAGUUCGUGGAUGGUGGCCUGAGCGGGGACGCGCUGCCCGAGGACGAGGAGGAAGAGGCGCUGCAGCGGCAGCGCGAGCUGGCUCGCAGGAAGGUGCAGGCGCUCGGCCGCCGCUGUCGGGAGAUCGAGCAGGUCAACGAGAGGGUGUUGAACAGACUCCACCAUGUGCAGAAGAUAACACGGCGCCUCAAGCAGGAGAGGAGGUACCUCAUGAAAAUCCUGGAUUCUUAUGGAGAUGACUACAGACAAAGCCAGCUCACCAUCGUCCUCGAGGAUGAAGGCAGCCACAGCACAGAUGUGCCAACCCCUGGAAACACAGAGAAUGAGCCUCCUGAAAAAGAGACCCCCCGGCGAUUUCCUGGCCCCCCACCAACUGGCCUGGAGCCUGAAAGCGCCUCACCUGCAGAGGCCCCCAGCGGGAAGAAGCGGCGGCGACAUGGCCGUGAGGACAAGGAGCAGAGGGGCCGGCGGACAGCCCCCUCCCUCCUCACCAUGGAUGACUUUCCUGUCCAGGUCAAAGCAGAGGAUGACUUUCCAUGCAGCCAAGACGACGUCCUUGCCCCCAGCUGGAACCAGCCCAGCCCUCCUGACAAAAUGCUUCACUAUCCCAAGUUCUCUAGCCCUGGGGGCUGCUCUGAUUUUGACUGAGUCUCCCUGGAAGUGACUGGGCUGUUGGCAUCACCCCAUGGAGGACUAAAGGAGAAUUAGUGCAGGGAACUGGCAUCCCUUCCUACAAGCCUGGAUAUUAACUCCUCCUGUACCAGUAACUCUGCUUUGAUUGAGGGUUAAGGGAUAGGAAGAGAGCAACAGACUGUGCAGCCAGCUGGGAGAAGGUGGGGACAGCUCAUAGGUCAGUCACCACCUGGACUCUCAGAGAUUCUGAACCUGCAGUUACUUUAGGCAUAGAAGUCUGUGGCAGAAGGAGCUGGUGUCUGUUCAAUCCCAGUACAAUAAAGAGAUGCUGUGACUGGA